GCUUUCAGCACACUAAAUCCUGGAGAAAUGGCUUUGAUGGGUGUGGAUACCAGAUGCUUGGGUCUCUUUCUUCUUUGUACAAUAACUGGCCACUCUUUGGAGAUAAAAGUUAAUCCUCCUCAGGAUUUUGAAAUAUUUGAUCCUGGAUUACUGGGUUAUCUCUAUUUGCAGUGGAAACCUCCCAUGGUUAUGGAAAAAUAUAAGGAAUGCCUACUUGAAUAUGAGUUAAAAUACCGAAAUGUUGAUAGGGACAGUUGGAAGACUAUAAUUACUAGGAAUCUAAUUUACAAGGAUGGGUUUGAUCUUAAUAAAGGCGUUGAAGGAAAGAUACGUACGCAUUUGUCAGAGCAUUGUACAAAUGGAUCAGAAGUUCGAAGUCCAUGGAGAGAAGCUUCUUAUGGAAUAUCAGAUGAAGGAAGUCUGGGAACUAAAAUUCAGGACAUGAAGUGUAUAUAUUAUAACUGGCAGUAUUUGGUCUGCUCUUGGAAGCCUGGCAAGACAGUACAUUCUGAUACCAACUAUACUAUGUUUUUCUGGUAUGAGGGCUUGGAUCAUGCCUUACAGUGUACUGAUUACCUCCAGGAUAAUGAAAAAAAUGUUGGAUGCAAACUUUCCAACUUGGACUCAUCAGACUACAAAGAUUUCUUCAUCUGUGUUAAUGGAUCCUCCCAGUUGGAACCUAUCAGAUCCAGCUAUAUGGUUUUUCAACUUCAAAAUAUAGUUAAACCAUUGCCACCAGAAUUCCUUCAAAUUAGUGUGGAGAAUUCCAUUGACAUUAGAAUGAAAUGGAGUACACCUAGAGGACCCAUUCCACCAAGGUGUUACACUUAUGAAAUUGUGAUCCGAGAAGACAAUAUUUCCUGGGAGUCUGCCACAGAUAAAAAUGAUAUGAAGUUGAAGAGGAAAGCGAAUGAAAGUGAAGACCUGUGCUUUUUUGUAAGAUGUAAAGUCAAUAUAUAUUGUGCAGAUGAUGGGAUUUGGAGCGAAUGGAGUGAAGAAGAAUGCUGGGAAGGUUACACAGGGACAGAGUCAAAGAUUAUUUUCAUAGUACCAGUUUGUCUUUUCUUUAUAUUCCUUUUAUUACUUCUUUGCCUUAUUGUGGAGAAGGAAGAACCUGAACCCACAUUGAGCGUCCAUGUGGAUCUGAACAAAGAAGUGUAUGCUUAUGAAGAGACCCUCUGUUAA